CACACAUAAACACCAAAAACACACACACCAACUUCCUUUUUUUUGAACAAAAACCAUUCUCUAGGGUUUCCUUAAUCCCUUUUUCAUAAUCAAAACCCCCAAAAAUAUCUCUUGCUAUCUCCUUACCUGAUAAUUAUACAACCCACAAUCGUUCAUGUUUUUGUGGGUUCUUUGCUUAUGACAACAAUCUAUAUUGUUGGAGUGGAAAUUUGAGGUCUUUGCCCCUUUCCGAUGCAAUUGCUGUGAUGACUCAUCUCCUUGAACGAUUAUUUGGUAAUGGCGGGGCAUCUUUUUUCGAUAGUCGUGCUUUCUUUGUUUGUUAUCGUCGUACCAAAACCUGCCUCGAUCAGUGGGGUUUUGGCUUGGGAUGAUGGCGAUGGUUAUGAUGAUGAUCUGUUAGGGAGUGACGACGGGUUUGGAAGUCUGUUUCGUCAAGACUACUCGCCGCCCGCGCCGCCGCCACCGCCGCCGCACCCGCCGUCGGCUUCUUGUGAAGAUGACCUUGGUGGGAUCGGUUCUUUGGAUACUACUUGUAAGGUUGUUUCUAAUUUGAUGUUAACCCGGAAUAUAUAUGUAGCUGGGAAGGGAAAUUUUUAUGUACUUCCCAAUGUGACCGUCAAUUGUUCGGUUGUUCCUGGAUGUGAAAUGGGCAUAAAUGUUACUGGUAACUUUACUUUAGGUGAAAAUGCCCGGAUAUUGGUUGGGUCAUUUGAGCUAGAAGCUAUGAAUGCGGCUUUUGCCGAUGGAUGUCUUGUGAAUACCACUUCUUUAGCGGGUGAUCCGCCGGAGCAAACUAGUGGGACCCCUCAAGGGCUUGAUGGGGCUGGUGGAGGUUAUGGAGGAAGAGGAGCCGCGUGUUUGAUGGAUGACAAGAAGCUUCCGGAUGAUGUAUGGGGAGGCGAUGCAUAUUCAUGGUCGACUUUACAGAUGCCAUGGAGCUACGGAAGUAAAGGUGGGACUACAAGUAAGGAGGCUGAUUAUGGAGGAGGUGGCGGUGGGAAGAUAAUGCUUGUGGUUAAGGGUAAUAUUGAGAUGAAUGGUAGUUUAUUGGCUGAAGGUGGGGAUGGGAGUCCCAGAGGGGGAGGUGGUUCGGGUGGCAGCAUCUACAUCAAGGCUUAUAAGAUGACUGGAAGUGGCAGAAUAAGUGCUUGUGGAGGUAGUGGCUUUGGCGGUGGGGGUGGAGGAAGAAUUUCUACGGAUGUGUUUAGCAGGCAUGAAGACCCUAAAAUCUUUGUCCAUGGUGGUAGUAGUCUUGGCUGUCCAUCAAAUGCGGGCGCUGCAGGAACUUUUUAUGACACUGUGCCCCGUAGCCUUAUAGUUGAUAAUUUGAACAUGACAACUGACACGGACACACUUCUAAUGGAGUUUCCAUAUCAGCCUCUUUUGACUAGUAUUUUUAUUCGAAAUUUUGCCAAGGCUGCAGUUCCCUUACUUUGGAGUCGUGUUCAGGUACAAGGCCAAAUUAGUCUUCUGGAUGGAGGUAUCUUGAGCUUUGGGUUGGCACAUUAUGCUUUAUCAGAAUUUGAAGUACUGGCAGAAGAGCUGCUGAUGAGUAAUUCUGUAAUCAAGGUUUAUGGAGCUCUGCGUAUGUCGGUAAAAAUGUUUUUGAUGUGGAAUUCGCAAUUGCUUGUUGACGGUGAAGGUGACAGGAACGUGGGGACUUCCUUUCUUGAGGCUAGCAAUCUUAUUGUUCUCAAGGAAUCUUCUAGAAUACAUUCUAAUGCAAAUCUUGGGGUUCAUGGGCAAGGUUUAUUAAACUUGUCAGGGCCAGGCAACUGUAUUGAAGCACAACGGCUAGUUCUUUCACUGUUCUAUGGUGUCAAUGUCGGUCCAGGAUCUGUUCUGCGCGGUCCCUUAGAAAAUGCUACAACUGAUGCUGUGACUCCAAAAUUGAAUUGUGAUUCUCAACAAUGUCCAGAAGAACUGCUUCAUCCACCUGAAGAUUGCAAUGUGAAUGCUUCAUUGUCCUUUACUCUGCAGAUAUGUCGUGUUGAAGAUAUCAUGAUUGAAGGCCUUAUAGAAGGGUCUGUUGUGCAUUUCCAUCGGGCGAGGACAGUUACUGUUCACUCUAGUGGGACAAUCAGCACAUCUAGGAUGGGUUGCACAGGAGGUGUUGGUAGGGGGCAACUAUUAAGCAAUGGCAUUGGCAGUGGGGGAGGAUAUGGUGGUACUGGUGGAUAUGCUUGUUAUAACAAGACUUGCAUUGAAGGUGGUCUUCCAUAUGGCGACGCUGAUUUGCCUUGUGAACUUGGUAGUGGAGGAGGAAAUGAUAGUAUUGCUGGCUCAACUGCUGGUGGCGGUGUUUUAGUAAUUGGUUCAUUGGAGCAUCCUUUGUCGAGUCUGUGUGUUGAUGGAUCACUUACUGCCAAUGGAGGAAGUUAUGGAGAAAAGGCCUUCAGCAAUCCAUAUGAUGUAUAUAGAGGUUCUGGUGGCGGAUCUGGCGGUGGAUCUGGCGGAACAAUUCUUUUGUUCUUAAAUGCCCUCUUACUUGGUGAAUCUGGAGUUGUUUCAAGUGCUGGAGGUUAUGGUGGUCCAAAUGGGAGUGGCGGUGGUGGCGGUGGAAGAAUUCAUUUCCACUGGUCACAUAUUCCAACUGGGGAUGUAUAUCAGCCGAUCGCAAGUGUCAAAGGGAACAUCUCGAUUGGGGGAGGGCUCGGUGGAAACGAUCGUGGUGCUGGAGAAAAUGGAACCAUCACUGGCAAGUCUUGUCCUCAAGGGCUGUAUGGGACAUUCUGUGAGGAAUGCCCUGUUGGUACCUACAAAAAUGUUACAGGGUCUGACAGGUCUCUGUGUUUCCAGUGCCCACCCGAUGAGCUUCCUCAUCGUUCUGUCUAUAUUCCUGUCCGAGGGGGUAUUGCUGAAACACCAUGCCCUUACAAAUGCAUUUCAGACAGAUAUCAUAUGCCACAUUGUUAUACGGCUCUUGAAGAGUUGAUGUACACAUUUGGCGGGCCUUGGUUAUUUGGUCUACUUCUAUUGGGCCUUCUUAUCCUAUUGGCCCUUGUGCUUAGUGUUGCAAGGAUGAAAUUUGUAGGGUUUGAUGAGUCACCGGGGCCUGCUCCAACACAACAAGGAUCUCAAAUGGAUCACUCUUUCCCUUUCUUGGAAUCACUGAAUGAGGUUCUGGAAACUAACAGAGUUGAGGAGUCGCAAAGUCAUGUUUAUAGAAUGUACUUUAUGGGUCUAAAUACUUUCAGUAAUCCUUGGUAUCUUCCUCAUACACCUCCGGAGCAAGUGAGAGAUAUUGUAUACGAGGGUGCAUUCAAUAGAUUUGUGGACGAGAUUAAUGCUUUAGCCACAUAUCAGUGGUGGGAGGGAUCGAUGUACAGCAUUCUUCUUUUCUUUGCUUAUCCUCUUGCAUGGUCAUGGCAACAAUGGAGACGAAAAAUGAACUUACAAAGACUACGUGAAUUCGUUAGAUCUGAGUAUGACCAUGCCUGCUUGCGUUCUUGUCGUUCACGUGCUCUCUAUGAAGGAAUUAAGGUGGCUGCGACAUCUGAUUUAAUGCUAGCUUAUGUGGAUUUUUUCCUUGGCGGUGAUGAAAAGCGAAGUGAUCUUCCUCCUCAGCUUCACCAAAGAUUCCCAUUGUCUCUAUUGUUUGGUGGUGAUGGAAGUUACAUGGCACCCUUGUCACUUCAAAGUGAUAAUAUAAUUACCAGUCUCAUAAAUCAGGCUGUUCCUCCUACCACUUGGUAUCGAUUUGUGGCUGGAUUGAAUGCACAAUUGCGGUUGGUUAGUCGGGGUCGACUCAGGGCAAUGUUCCGUACUGUUGUCAUAUGGCUGGAUACUUUUGCCAAUCCUACUUUGAGGAUUUAUGGUAUACGUGUUGAUCUUGCUUUUUUUGAAGCUACAACGGGUGACUAUUAUCAAUAUGGACUUGUUGUAUCUGCUGUUGAUGAACCUGAGUUUAUUUCCUUUGAGAAUACUGCUCAAGAGGACCAACACACGAGUAACAAUGAUGGUCCAGCCUUUGAUUCAAGAGAAUUUACAAGUUUACUCCAACACAGGAGGAGAGCUGAAAAAAAUAUAAGUCAAAAGAGGAGUUAUGGUAGGAUUUUAGAUAUUAACACUUUGCAAGCCUUCAACGAAAAGAGAGAUAUAUUCUUUCCCCUCUCUUUUAUAAUUCACAACACAAAACCUGUUGGCCACCAGGAUCUUGUUGGGCUGGUCAUCUCGAUGCUACUAUUAGGAGAUUUUAGUUUAGUUUUACUUACACUACUCCAAUUAUAUUCAAUUUCUUUUGUGGGCGUGUUUCUUGUUCUCUUCAUUUUGCCACUUGGGAUAUUGCUUCCGUUUCCUGCUGGGAUUAAUGCUCUUUUUAGUCAAGGACCCAGGCGUUCUGCAGGGCUUGCUCGUAUGUACGCUCUCUGGAACAUAACAUCCUUAGUUAAUGUGGUGGUUGCAUUUAUAUGUGGUUAUGUUCACUACUGCAGUCAGCCCAGUAAUAAAGCCCCGGACUUUCAACCAUGGAACAUGGAGGAAAGCGAGUGGUGGAUUUUCCCAGUUGCACUUGUUUUGUGUAAAUGCAUCCAAUCAUUGCUUGUGAAUUGGCAUGUCGCGAAUUUGGAGAUUCAAGAUCGCUCCUUGUAUAGUAAUGACGUGGUGGCAUUUUGGCGAUCAUGAGACCAGACAUGUUUUUGUAUGGGAUUUUGCUGACAUACAAGUAGAGAGGUGGUUACUUAGAAAACUUGAAAAUCAAAACUGAUAUAUAUUCAGCCUUGUACCUGUAUGUAUAUAUAAUAUAGGGCAACAAAUGAAAAAAGAAAAAAAGAAAUUGCAUUGUUUCCAUCCUGCACUUAUUGUUAUAUACAUGAAUAUUCAUAUACCAAAUAAAUCAUUGCCCUGU